CGUCCGUGAGGCCCGGGGAGCGGGAGCCCGGCGUCCGUGAGGCCCGGGGAGCGGGAGCCUGGCGUCCGUGAGCCCCGGGGAGCGGCAGGGGUCCCGCCGCCCGCAUGGCCGCGCUGCGCGCGCUGCAACAAUGGUGCCGGCAGCAGUGCGAGGGCUACCGAGAUGUGGACAUCACCAACAUGACCACGUCGUUCCGCGACGGCCUGGCCUUCUGUGCCAUCCUGCACCGCCACCGGCCCGAUCUGCUGGACUUCAGCAAGCUCAGGAAGGAGGACAUCUAUGAGAACAACAAGCUGGCCUUCAGUGUGGCUGAGGAGAAGCUGGGCAUCCCUGCCCUGCUGGAGGCCGAAGACAUGGUGGCCCUGAAGGUUCCUGACCGGCUAAGCAUCCUGACCUAUGUGUCCCAGUAUUACAACUACUUCCACGGCCGUUCCCCAAUUGGGGGUGUUGCUGGUGUGAAGCGGGCGCCCGAGGGCUCUGCCGAGGAACCAUCAGGAAAGAAGGCACUACCCCAGCGGGCCACGGGGUCCUCACCUGCCCCUGCCCCUGCCCGAGGGCCCCCAUUGUCCCCUGGCAGGACCAACUCUGUGGUCCAGAGGAAGGAGGAGGAACCGUCCACUAAGUGUGGCCUGCUCAGCAGCAUCUGUGCCGUCUGCGGCAAACACGUGCAUCUGGUGCAGCGGCACCUGGCCGACGGGAAGCUGUUCCACCGCAGCUGCUUCAGGUUGAAGCCACCACACCCAGGCACCGGGGAGUCCGGCACCCUCACCCAUGCUGCCCAGCACGCCAAAGCCAACCCUCCUGGCUCCCGAGUGCCAGGAGUAGCUCUCGGGCAGCAAGUGGCCGUCCCCAUGGACACUGGGUCCCCCAGCACCCCAAGGAAAGGCCAGGAGGCAAACGGGCUGAGGGCAGCCUGGGAGCCCGCACGGACCCAUGCAGCUGCCUCUCAGGCUGCCACCACCAGCCACAUCAGCCCGACGGUCGCCACCACCACUGUGCGUGUGACUAACAGCUCCCCGACUGGCUGGAAGUCACCUGCCCAGGGCACAGCGGCGGUGGCCACCUGCCCAUCCCUGGAUCCUUGUCCGGCUAUGCCACCAGGCCCCAAAGCACAAGAGGCCACUCUUCCGACCAAGCCCUCAGGUGAGGCGGGGGCCCCAGCCUGGAGGCUGCUGCCGUCCAGAACCCAGCAAGCCCGAGAGAGGUUCCUGCAGCCUCCAGCCACCACUGCCACAACCACGACCACCACCAUCAAGGCCACGGCCACUGCUGCCAUGACCACAGCCACCACCACCAAGGCCACAACCUCCAAGGCCAUGACCACCACUGCCAUGACCACGGCCACGACCACCACUGCUACAGCCAUCACCACCAAGGCCAUGGCCACCACUGCCAUGACCACGGCCACCACCACCAAGGCCAUGGCCACGACCACCACUGCCACGGCCAUCACCACCAAGGCCACAACCAUCACCACCAAGGCCAUGACCACCACCACCAAGGCCACCACCACCACUGUAACGGCCACCACCACCAAGGCCACGGCCACUGCCAUGGUCACCAGCACCCACCCAGCUCCUUCUCCUGGCGACAGCAGCAGGGAGCGAGCACUGAGCCUGCUCAGGAAGGCCCUGCCAGGACUGGCGGGGACUGACACACAAGUGUCUGCCAGGCCUUUCCCAGCUGCCUCCUCAGCCCCAGACCUCCAACCCAAAGCAGAACAGCCGCAAGCCAGCCCCCCAGCCAGGCCGCUGCCUCCGUCUAGGGCCCCUGUAACCACUGGAAAGGCAGAGCUGAUGGUGUCCCCCAGUGUGGGCCACACCUCCGCGACAUGCACGUCACCCCGGGCACACGGGGGUCUCACAACUGUGCCCACGGGGACGAAGCCAGAGCCCCCAGUAGCUCAGGGCCCAGAAGGCCAGGACGGACCUGCGGGGUGGCGGGCCCACCUGAGGCCUGUGGAAGCCCGGAGGAACCCAGCCCCAAGGAGUCCGGAGCCGCAGACGCCACCAGGAAGCCAUGUUCCCAGGAGGGACAGCUCCAGGAGGGCCUCGGGGGACUCCCAGGGGAGCAUCCGCGCCAACCUGAGCCCCGUGAGCCCUGCAGCUGCCCCACAAGCCCCGCUGGCCGCUGCAACUCCCUCCCCCAGCCGCCGCCGGCGACUGGCCGUGCCCCCCAGCCUGGACAUCUCUGACAACUGGCUUCAGCCUGAGCCCUCGGGACAGGGAGCCCAUGGGAAGGAGCGGCCAGACAAGCCCCCCUUGGGGACCAGUGCAGGGAGGCCUUUGGGCCCGGCGGUGACUUCCCCAGUGAGGCUGCACCCCGACUAUGUGCCUGAGGAGGAGAUCCAGAGGCAGCAGCUGGACAUCGAGGCGCAGCUGGACGCCCUGGAGCUCAGGGGCGUGGAGCUGGAGCAGCGCCUGCGGGCGGCCGAGGGCGACGCCACCGAGGACGCCCUCAUGGUGGAGUGGUUCCAGCUCAUCCACGAGAAGCAGUUGCUGCUGCGGCUGGAGUCGGAGCUCAUGUACAAGUCCAAGGACCAGCGCCUGGAGGAACAACAGCAGGAUAUCCAGGACCAGCUGCGCCGGCUGAUGGCCAAGCCUGAGGGCCUCAAGUCCCCGCGGGAGCGGCAGCGGGAACAGCAGCUGCUGGAGCAGUACCUGAGCACGGUGAAUGACCGCAGCGACAUUGUCGACUCUCUGGACCAGGACCGGCUCAGGGAGCAGGAGGAGGACCAGGUGCUGCAGGACAUGAUCCAGAGCCUGGGCCUGCAGAGGAAGAAAUCCAAGUUCCGCUUGUCCAAGAUCUGGUCCUCGAAGAGCAAGAGCAGCUAG